AUGUGCCAGUGUGGAAAAUAUCGGUGUGCUGCCCUGUUUGUUCGAACAUUCCAUACGCUGAUAGUGUUAGGAGUGCCACUUUCAUUACUCUUUAAAGAUUCCUUGCUGCACCAGUGUCUGGUGGAGGGAGACCAUAUCCUGCUGGGAGCCCUCUAUGUUGCCAUGGUCUUCAUGGCUCUGGCCAUGUAUUACAUCACUUGUUUUACCGACCCGGGGUAUAUCGUUGUAUCCAGGAGGAAGAAAAAG